UAAUUCAAUGAGCUAAGAUGUCCGUGAAAAUUGUCAGAUGAAUGCACUUGAAAACUGAUGUGUAACUGACUUGUAACUGAUAAUCUCUUCUCCAACUUUCUUGAACAAGCCAAAAUCGCUCAAGAUUCAGUUAAUAUUACGACGCGCCGUUUCUUUCGUGAACAAGCGGAGACAAAAUCAACAUAUGUGCCCGCGAACGAUGCCGAAUAUCCGAACGGUAUAAAACUCAGAGCUCGCACUGGCCUGUCGACCACAUGUGGUGUAUUCAGAAAAAUAAUUGACAGAGCUGCAUGUGCGCCCAAGGACGGCAAUUCGACGAAUUCGUAAGCGCACACGCAUCACUUCUAGCCCUAACGCGGUAAGAUUUAAUCGGAAUAUUCUCAUUCAUAUAAGAUACGAGAUCACAGGCACAGGGAGAUCUUUCUGAAAAUCGAAGAGUAAAACUGCUUCUUCAAUAUCCCCGUCAGCCGAUGCUGAUAAGAAACAUCCAAGUACGAGCAUUAAAGCAUCUGAAGGUUCGGCCUGUAAGAUUCCUCUCGGAGGAGCACUUGCAUCGUGAGUCGACGGUCGCCAGGCUGCUGCACCCCACGCACUGCUUCUCGGAGGGCGGCUUCCAUACAAUCACGUCUAAUCAGUCAGUCAGCCGCUACGAGUCGGCGGGUACGGUUGAUUCACGUCCAGCUCUCUCUCUUUCUCUCUCUCUCUCUCUUUUUCUCUCUUCGGGCCAGCUCAGCAUUGUCCUUGAAACGACGACGCUCAGACUGCUCAGGCUACUCAGGUUGCAGCGCGGCCCCCAUCAGAGACCGCGCUGACCCCGGUAUCCCCUGUCGGCCGGUCGACCUUUGACACUCUCAUCGAAAAGCGACGAAAGCCUCUCUCAGCAUCGCUCAGGCCGCUGGCCGAACGGUCGACGAUCUCUCUCUCCUCCUUUGAGCUCUUCUCCUCGUCGACGCUUAUCCACGGAUUAUCACCGUCCACGACGUUCUCUCCCUCUCUCCGUCUCUCCCUCUCUUUCUCCCUGCCCUGCCUCCCCCGCCGUGGGAUUCUGCUCUUUUUCCUCGACGUUUCCAUCGCUUCAUCGUCCGAGAUCAUCAUGAGACUAACGCUGUCGGCUGCUCUGCUGCUCUUAAUAAUAGACUUAUCAAUCUGGACAAGUGGGAAGUGCAGCCGGCCGCAUCCGGCGCAACAUUUGCCCGCCCUAGCGCGUCGCUAUCUCCUCCGAGCAAUCAUAUCGUCAGAGGGCUGCGAGUUGGACCAGAUGCGACACGGAUGUCGCAUUCACAACGCGAAAUGCAAAUGCGGCCACGGCUGCAAGUCCGAGUACAGAUACAACAACACCGACGACUGCGAGUUAGCGUUGAAGGGAAGACGCAGUGACUUGUGCUCACGAUCGAAACCUUGUCAGAACGAGGGCUCGUGUUCCCAGAUAUCGUCGGAUCCUGGAUUUAAGUGUCGCUGCGAAGGGACCGGAUUCUACGGCACUUACUGCGAGAUACCUUGUCCAAAGACGAACAGUCCACACUUCCAAGGACAGUUUCCAUACGAGUGCAUCGUCAUCUAACUCGGGUAUUUCUCUCUUUGUUUCUCGUCUGGUCGAACUCAUUUUAAUAUGAUACAUACGUACAAAAGGGGAAAAGACGCAUUUCACAAAACGUAUUUACACAUCUUCGUACAUACAUAAUAAAUGUUAAAACAGACAAUGCGCCACUUUAUCUUCCUGAAUUUUCUUUUUACAGUUUCCCCAUGUUUCCAAAAACAGCAUAUAAUCAUC